CUCAGCUGCGCCCGCCCGGCCACGUCCGCGCCGGGGCCAUGGGCUGCCCGCUGCUGCGGCUGCUGCUGCUGGCGCUGCUGGCGCCCCGCGGCCGCGCCUGGGACAGCGGCGACCUGGAGCUGUUCGACCUGGUGGAGGAGGUGCCGCGCAACUUCUACGACUUCCUGGGGGUGCAGCAGGAUGCUUCAUCAGCAGAUAUUCGGAAAGCUUAUAGGAAGCUUUCACUGAUUUUACACCCAGACAAGAACAAAGAUGAAAAUGCAGAAACACAGUUUAGGCAAUUGGUGGCUAUCUAUGAGAUUUUAAAGGAUGAAGAAAGAAGAAAGAGGUAUGAUGAUAUUCUGAUCAAUGGACUACCAGAUUGGCGACAGCCUGUAUUCUACUACAGGCGGGUGAGAAAAAUGAGCAAUGCUGAGCUGGCAUUACUCUUGUUCAUUAUACUCACAGUGGGUCAUUAUGCUGUGGUUUGGUCAAUCUACCUGGAAAAACAGCUGGAUGAACUGCUUAGCAGAAAAAAGAGGGAGAAGAAGAAAAAAACGGGAGGCAGAAGUACUGAUGAAGCAAAACUUGCUGCUCCUGAAAAAAACGAAAGAGCACUGGACAAACCACAGUGGCAUGACUUACUUCCAUGCAAGCUGGGAAUAUGGUUCUGUCUCACAGUGAAAGCUUUGCCUCAGCUAUUCCAGGAUGCCAGACAAUUAUAUGUAGAAUAUAAAGAAACAAAAAUGAAGGAGAAAGAAGAUGCCCUGGCUAAGGCUGAACUUGAAACACUUCAGAAGGAGAAGAAGCCUAAAGUCAGGAAACCAAAAUCUGAAUUCCCUGUAUACACUGUUCUGGAAUCAAGUGCAUACAUACCAUCCUAUGACCAUGGAGCUUCUAUAGAAGAGAUCGAGGAACAGAUGGAUGACUGGUUGGGAAACAGAAACAGAACACACAAAAAGAAGGCACCUGAAUGGACAGAAGAGGACCUCAGCCAGCUGACAAGAAGUAUGGUUAAGUUCCCAGGGGGGACUCCAGGUCGAUGGGAAAAGAUUGCUCACGAAUUGGGUCGAUCAGUGGCAGAUGUCACCAUGAAAGCCAAACAAGUGAAGGACUCCGUGACAUAUACACCAGGUGUCACCAGGCUCUCCGAGCUUAAGACCUUGGCCCAGAAUUCCAAGAAUGCCAAAGUCUCCAUGAAUCUGCCAGACCACAUCAUCACACAGAGGGAAAGAGAGGAGGAGGAGGAGGAGGAAGGGAACUUCAGUCACAGCCCAGAACAGACAGAUGCCCAAACGGAUCCCAAGGAGGGCAGUGCUGGUGAGACCAGGCAUCGCAGGCGGAAGGUUCCCAAAGCACCCGAAAUGGUGCCAGCAGCAACAAAAGAGGGAUUGGAGGAGAAGAGCAGAGUGAGACGCCAGAAGGAUUUCGAUAACACGGAACAGGAGGAAGAAAGUGAUGACGAGAGCAGAAAAAGAGAGAAGAGCCGUGCCUUAGAAGAAUUGUGGACUCAGAACCAACAGAAGCUUCUGGAAAUGGCCUUGCAGCAGUAUCCAAAGGGAACGUCGGACCGCUGGGACAAAAUAGCAAAAUGCGUUCCUGGAAAAAGCAAGGAGGAGUGUAUAGCAAGAUACAAGUUGCUUGUUGAACUGGUACAAAAGAAAAAAAUGGCCAAAAGCUGAGUGCUCUGAGCAGAAGAAUUUACAUCAUCUUUGUCAAACUGGGGUGGUAAAACUCAUAUGCAGAAAACUGCAUUUUUGUACCUCGGUAUUUCUAUACAUCAUGUGCCUUAGUAAAGAAAAAGUAUCAAUAAAUCUUUUGUCAUCUUGCCAACUCUUUUGUGUGUUGCAGAAUGAAGGUGUACUUUUGUGUAGGAGCUGCUUACGAGGAGAGGUGCUGAUGUCUUAAAGAGGAGUGGGCCUUCAGGUAACCCACCCCACUGACUGCAUUCUGCAACACUGGUUACAGGUGGCUACAGAAUAUAAGAAAUUUAAAGAUCCCUCCUAAUUCGGUAUUUAUAUCUGCUGUAUUCAGUAUGGUUUGAUUUCACAUUUGAGGCAAUAAGAAUUACCAUUCAUUAUUUGCUAUGUUGUAUUUCGUAACUUUGAAAAAAUUAUGCUAACCUUUAAAUAUGGGGGUGGUGGGUACUUAAUGGGCUGUAAAACAGUAUUAGCAAAUCAGAACACUGAUUGAUUACAGUAUUUUGCAGAAAACAUUAAAGAUUCUUUAAAGAAUUAUUUACCACCCCCACUCUGAUUUAAGCCAGGGUUCUAAGGAGCCGUUGAGUUUCAACUUAAAAUGAAAAAUCAGAAGAGCAGAUCAGAACUCAGGACUUGGAGCUUGAUGGCCAGAAAUCCUCACUAACGUCCCACCCUUCGUACUGAUACUAUUCCUGCUAACACUGCCCAUUGUGCUGCUGCUGACAGAUGGGCAUCUCACCACGUUUGUUCCCAUUUCCGUAAAACUGUAAGGGAGAAGCCAUGAGGAAAGAUGACAGCGUUCUGUAUUUGUUUCUUUACCACGUGGAAUGUUUUUUGGUAAUAGAUGGAAAUUAGCCUUAGGCUGUAAGGAAAAAGUGGAAUGUAACAAUAAAUAGCAGGAAAGAGAGUAUGGACUUGGGAAGAAUUUGAUGCUUUUAUCAGUGGAAAUCUUUAAAACCUACAUACAAGCUCUAUGUGAGACUUGCCUGCGUUACACUGAGUGCCCAACACCUUCAGCUUCUCUGAGCCCUAGAGCUUCUGCGUGGGGAACAACACAUCAAGGAAGUGCACACCGCUUAUGGGUAAGAAACAUUUUGGUUGGUUAGCCCAUUCUUACUGGGAUUCUUCAAGCAGUGUGCCUGACAAACACUAUUUGUAUUAGCGCCAGUGUGACAGACACUAUUUAGCUGAAGUGCAUCCUUAACGGUAAGGCUCUCCUUGUGUCACGCUUAUCAGGUUGAAUCUUUGACACAAUAGAGGCACAGCAUUGGUGGCACUGGUCUGAGUGGCAGUGCUGAAACAUGGCGUUGGCCAUUCCUGGAUAGAGGCGAUGGAUGGCCUGUGGCCAUCAGGCCAGGAGCAUACCCUGCCCACAGCACAGGCCUAUGGAGGUGCAGAAGUGGCAACAAGCUGGUUGGGGAAGGGACGUGCAUUGGUCCUGCUGGCAGGAGAACUAACUGCCCCAUGAUCUGCUCUCGUGUCACUGCAUGGACAACGGUUCCUACUGAACUGCUGCCAAAGACUGGCACCUUUGAUGUCAGGAUCUGCAAAGUCACCAAAACAAGGUUGGUUUUUGACUGCAUCUGGCCUUCAUGUGAACUUGGCUUUGAUGUGGUCUCAUUCUAUAAAAACAAGCAAAUCAGUUUUGUUUAAUGUCAGUACUGCCCUUUUCAUUACUUUCCUGCUGAUUUUCUGUCCCUCAGGAAUACAAGCACUGUACAGCACCCACCACUAUCUUGGGCUUGUGACACCAGCCUCUGACACAUUGAGAAGUUGAGACUGCCCUGAAUUUGGCUAUCUCAUUCCACCUUUGUUGUUUUCAUGCUACUCUGCGUCUGACCAGGAAACAGAUAGCAGAAAUCAGUUUCACAGCAGCUGCUCUCUGCAGCAUGAAAGAGAAAGGUCUGCCAGCAGCCAAGAGCACAGCACUGCAAGGAGAUGUUGUGUCCAGGAAGCGCCGCAGCUCCACCCGUGGCUCCUAAAAGCUGAAACUGAGAAAGUUCUCU